AUGAAGUCAGGAGGGAAACGCUUCAGUCUGGGCCGGUGUGAAAUAUCGACCCGGACAGUCGAACCCUGCCUCUGUGAGUCUGCUCCUGACCUGGUCCCUCCUCUGCAGAGGAUCAGCUGUUAUCAGAGCAGACUGAUGGAUGAAGAUCCAGCGUGUUCAGUGUGUAUGAGCCUCCAGAAACAAACGUCACACAUUCUUCCUUUAAUGUCUUUGAUACAGGUCAGUGUAAAGUUUGGUCAGCAGCUUCAGAGCGACGUUGGUGAAGCUCUCCCACUUCACAGUCAGUCUGUAAAGAAGCUGAAGGUCAGAGCUGAUGUCUUCUGA